AUGUCCGCCUCUACUAUAUAUCUAACGAAAACCGAGCGAUCCUUCAUGUAUUUAACAAAAACAUACGAUUCAUCGCCAGCUCUGAGGAUGCAUUUAGGCGGUCAGCUUAAGGCUUCAGCUCUUUACGUUUACAUCCAAUGCCGCUCAAGCUCAACGUACAGUACUACCGGUGUUGUUGGUUGUGCUGAAUAUGAGUUUGAAGAGUUAAGUUGUAGGAAAGGCUAUUACUUUGAGAGGAGAAUUGGCAACGUAUAUAUAUAUGGAGACGUAAAUGAAUAUGAUGAAAGCUAUAACUUGACUUCAUAUGAUUGCCAAAGAAUAUGCUGGAUAUAUUACACCAUCGUUUAUGAGAGAGAAAAGAAGAAGUGGAUUUGGUUCAUCAUCGGGAUAGGAUCUUUGGCUUCACUCCUAUCAUGCUACUUGGUAUGCAAGAAGCUUCAUAUUAGAGGGGUAUCCAAGAAAAUCCAAAAGUUGUUACUGCGUCAGCGGAAGCGCUUACAGAGGUAUGUACGAACAGAUAAGAAGAUGAACACUGAGCUGCAUUACUUCACCUUUCAAAGCAUCUCAUCUGCUACAGACAAUUUCUCAAACACUAAUAAGCUAGGAGAGGGGGGGUUUGGAGCAGUUUAUAAGGGAAAUUUAGUUGACGGGCAAAAGGUUGCUGUAAAACGACUUUCAAGAAGCUCUGAACAAGGAGUCAAGGAGUUCGAGAAUGAAACCCAACUCAUCGCCAAACUUCAACACACUAAUCUUGUCAGGCUUAUAGGGUGUUGCGUUGAGAAGAAAGAGAAAAUACUUGUGUAUGAGUACCUGACAAAUAAGAGCUUGGAUUUCUUUCUAUUUGAUCCUAGGAAGAAAGGAUUACUGGAUUGGAAUAAUCGCUUUGUAAUCAUUGAUGGCAUUGCUCAAGGACUCCUAUAUCUCCAUAGAUUUUCAAGGUUGAGGGUUAUUCAUAGAGAUCUGAAAGCAAGUAACAUAUUGCUAGAUGACUACCUGAAGCCGAAGAUAUCCGAUUUUGGUAUGGCUAAAUUAAUUGAGAUCAAUGAGUUUGAAGCAAAUACAAGUAGAGUCGUUGGAACACGUGGUUAUAUGCCGCCAGAGUAUAUGAUGAAAGGCACGGUUUCAACCAAGACAGAUAUCUUUGGUUUUGGUGUUUUGUUGCUUGAAAUUGUGAGCAACAAGAUGAAUCAUGGUAGCUAUGAUGUGGAACACCCACUCAACCUUCUUGGGCUAGCAUGGGAACAGUGGAACGAAGGCAGAAGUUUGGAGUUGAUGGAUCCGAUACUGGAAGAAUCAUGCAAUCCCAAGGAAGUAAUGACAUGCAUCCAUGUGGGUCUCUUGUGUGUUCAAGAACAUGCGAUGGACAGACCUACCAUGUUAGAAGUUAUUUCUAUGCUCACAAAUGAAAAAAUGCAUUUACCAGAGCCAAAACGACCAGCAUUCUACAUUGAGAGGCAUGAGGCAGAUUCUGUAAGAAAUGCUAAUUUGGGAAAUGGCUCUGUAAAUGGGCAAUCAAUUUCGAUUUUAGUAGCAAGAUAGGAGGCAGAAAUAAACAUAUGUAAUAUAUGUAUUUGUCACGCGAUCUAUAGAGUCGCUGCAUGGAAAGAAAUAUGGUCGGUUGCUAACACAUUAUUCACUGUU